AUGUCGGGUUUUAAUUACAGCGACUCAACAGGCUCAGCUGAUUCCGUCAGUAACGGCGUUAACUCGCCGGUUUUUAACCGGAACCCGAGUUUCAGCCACGUCAUCUUAAACGAUAACUGGAGCGAUUUGCCUUUAAGCGUCGACGACUCGCAAGACAUGGCCAUUUACAAUACUCUCCGCGACGCCUUCAGCUCCGGCUGGACACCUACCGUUACAUCUCCGGCGACUCCUACGACGGCGGUGGAGGAAGUCGAGAAUUCGACGGUGACGGUUGUGGCGGAAGCGAGUGGAUCGCAGUCGCACGCGCCGAGGCAGAAAGGGAUGCAGUACAGGGGAGUGAGGAGGAGGCCGUGGGGGAAGUUCGCGGCGGAGAUAAGGGAUCCGAAGAAGAACGGAGCUAGGGUUUGGUUAGGGACUUACGAGUCGCCGGAGGAUGCGGCGGUGGCUUACGACCGAGCUGCGUUUCAGCUUAAAGGAUCGAAAGCUAAGCUCAACUUUCCACAUUUGAUUGGCUCUUGCGAGUAUGAGCCUGUUCGGAUUAGGCCUCGCCGUCGCUCACCGGAACCGUCUGUAUCCGUUUAUUCAUCGUCGGAACAGAAGAGCGUAGGACACGUGGACAACAGCGAGUGUCGGUUCGUUGUCCCGGAUAUGGAUUUUGCGGUGGACCAGUUUUACACCGAUAAUAGUUUAUUUAUGGAUCAAGCAUCAUUUUCAUAUUCUGAUAACCGGGAAUGA